GCAGUCUGCCGAUUCUUGCCGAAACAGUGCGCACGAGUCGGUAGUGGCAGCAGUUCAGUGCGAUCCCUGCCCAGGGCACACCCCAGCCCCGUCAAAAUAAUCUGUGGAGGUGUUGACCUCAAUAGCGUGAAGUGCAAGCUACAUUGUUGUUGCGUCAGUGUGUGUUAGGCCAUGGCUGCAUUGCCUACCACGAUCGAAGAGGAACUCACCAGCGUGCCUAUUCACGACAUUCCUUUGUAGCUGCCUGAUAUCCAAAACACCAGAUGAUGGAGAGCGAGGUGUCCUGGGUGCCGAUGCUGCUGCCGGCGCUGCUGCUGCUGCUAUGCCAGCUGUCGAGCGCCACCGCCCCCUUCACCAUCGUGGCCCCCGCCGCGGCCACCACCGCCCUCGGACCCAGCCCCACGCCGGCCUCCAGCAGCAACGCGACGGCGGCGACGACGAUGACGACGACGACGUCGACAACGCCUCCACCGCCGACGCCGCCGCCGCCACACGCCACCACGCCGCCCGACGUCCUGGAGGACGCGUCGCUGUCCGUGCCGAAGCUCCUGAAGAAGUACGGCUACCCGGUGGAGAACCACGUGGUCAUGACGGAGGACGGCUACGUGCUCACGCUGCACCGCAUCCCCCACGGCCGCCGCGGCAAGCACUCCGACAGUGAUGACAUCAACAGCAACCGGGUCCGUUCGCUGAGGAAGGCGCUGCGGUCCACGAGGAGGGCCUCGAGCAGCACCGGCAUCAAGCGAGGGGCGGCCGGGCAGCGGAAUGGGCGCGCCGUGUUGCUGCUGCCGGGGCUGUUCUGCUCGUCGGCUGUCUGGCUCAUCAUGGGGCCCAAGAAGGGGCUGGGGUACAUCCUGGCCGACGCUGGCUACGACGUGUGGAUAGGCAACCCGCGCGGCAACAGGUACUCCAUGGGCCACGUCGAGAUCCCCUCGACCGACGACAAGUACUGGCAGUUCAGCUGGCACGAGAUGGGCGAGUUCGAUGUGCCCGCCAUCCUGGACUACGUGACGACGGCCACGGAGCAGGAGCGCGUCCCCGUGGUGGGCCACUCGAUGGGGAACACCAUGAUGAUGGUGAUGGGGGCGCUGCGGCCCGAGUACAACCGCCUGGUGUCCGUGCACAUCGCCCUGGCGCCGACCGUCUUCCUGCAGCACGCGCACAGCCCCAUCCUCAAGGGCUUCGCCGCGCUCGCGCCCACCGUCAGCACCCUGACGGCCAUGCUGGGGGUGCACGGGCUGCGGCCCACGCUGCCCCUCAACGAGUCCCUGAAGCAGCUGUGCCGCGAGGAGGCCGUGCUCACGCAGCGCCUCUGCAAGCACGCCGCCUUCAUGCUGCUCGGCUUCGACCCGGAGCAGCUCAACGUGACGACGUUCCCGGCCAUCCUGGGGCACUUUCCCUCGGGCGGGUCGACGCGCACCCUGCUGCACUACGUGCAGAGCUUCACGUCGGGCGACUUCCGGCAGUACGACCACGGCGCCAAGCGCAACAUGGCCAGGUACGGCCAGCCCAGCCCGCCGGCCUACAACAUCAGCAUGGUGGACUUCCCGGUCGCCAUCUCCGUCGGAGACAACGACUGGCUGGACUCAGUUGAAGACGUGCAGCGGAUAGCGCGGAUGCUGCCCAACGUGGUGGACUACUACCGGGUGCCCUGGCCCAAGUUCAACCACAUGGACCACCUGUUCGCCAUCGACAUCCUGGAGCUCGAGUACAAACACGUGAUGGAAGUCCUGGACAGAUUCUCCUCGGCGUGAAUGUUCAGAAGUUCCGAAACAGUAGCAUUUUGUAUAUUCAUAAUUUUGUAUGUGUGUGUGAGUAUGUGAGUGAGUGCCAGAGUGUGCAAGUCAGUGUGAGUGAGUUAGAUGGGGAGGAUACCUACUGUACACAAUGACCACCAACACAGCGGUCAUUUUCUUGUCUAAGUUUCGUUCCCGGACGUUUCGAUAAGCGCCUUUCACGCAGUUGUACAUAUUGUAAUGUUUCUGAAAUAUUAAAAAAAACGC